CUCCAACUCCUGGCCUCAAGUGAUCCACCCACCUCAGCGUCCCAAAGUGCUGGGAUUACAGGCGUGAGCCACUGCACUUGGCCUCUCUCCCUGUAUCUUCAUGUAUCUUCAAAGCCAAGAAGUAGCUUCUGUCCCCUUGGUUAGGGUCGGGGUCCCAGAGGUCCAGGGUCAAGGCUAGGAACGCCUCCCAAGGAGGUGCAUCCCUGCAAGAGGCUGCAUCCAGCAGUCAUGGAAGAGGCUCCCCUGGGGCCUGCUGCAAUUCCUGCUGCGGAAAGCAAGUGGAGGUGCCCCUUGAAGAAACGGUGAGGCCAACAAUCUCAGGGGUUCUGUCCUGGCCUGCGGCCCUGGAUCGUCCAGCCUCUGCUGGGAUGGGGAGCAGACGACGCCCUUCUUGGCUGGAGCUGAGGGUGGGGGGGUCCCGCUUCCCCAGAGGCCUAGCCCUGGAUUCCAGCCAUAGGUCCUAUUGGGCAGCGCUUGGCACCGCCCCGCCCCUCCAGACCUGGCAUUCGCCCUUAUCAAACAUGGCGCCGACGGCCUCACGCGCCUCACGUCGCAGGCGCGUCACGCGACAGGCCCGCAGGGCUUCCCGAGCGUCGCUCUGAUCCGCUCAGACUGGCUGCCAAGACAGGGAGUGGGAAGUAUGACCUGGCUGGUGGCGGUGUCCUGGGCGGCUCUCGGGCCGCUGUUGUGUGGCUGCCGGCAGGCGCUGCUGGGCGGGAUGCUGUACACCCGGGAGAGCGCGUCGCGGGAGCGCAAGGAGCUCCACGGCCUCUGAAGCUUCCAAGCCAACUUCUCCACAACCGACACCUGGGCUUCCAGGAGCAGAGGUACCGGCGACCUUUGCGAGAGGCGUCCGGGGCCGGCGUUGGGAAUGGCUCGGGCCCCACCUUGGACAUACCGGUUCUCUCCAUCUUCAAUGACAUCAGCCAGGACUGGGCAUUUUGUCAGCUGGGUGUGAUAUGAACGGGAGGUGACUCUGCUGAAGUGAUGGAUCCAGGACCUGCACACAAGAGUGGUGCUGAGGAUUGGCAGUGCCCACUUCUAUGCCAUUGUGGUCAGUGUGGCCAGGAGCAGGCGGGGCAGUGGGUGAAUGGUGUCCACACGCUAGAGCGUGAAAGGGGCUACCUCCCCUUCGAGGCUGACAUCAGCAGCCUGUUCCCGGUGGGGACCCUGCCCUCCCGCCUCUGCGUCACUGUCACCAUCAGCAGCACACUCACCCCCCCACCCUGCCACCAGGGACCAUCCAUACAUGACCGACACGUCCAUGUAUCCCAAGGGUUACUUUGUCAGAACACAGACUUUGACUUCAACUACGCGGGACUGCAGCGGUCUGUGCUUCUGUACACGACACCAACUACCUGCAUCAAUGACAUCGCCAUCACCACCGGCUUGGAGCGGUGACGGCUUCUGGUAGGAUCCUCCCUCAGUGGGGCCCACGGUGGCUCUGUUUAUUCCCUAUUUGGAAAGCUCUCCCAGGAAAAAGGUUCUCCCAGCGUCUCUAAACCUUCACAGGUUCCCAUCCACCUACGAAGCUAAAAUCCAGGCUGUCUGAGCGGGCACGGGCUCCCGAGAUCACUCAUGUGGUUGAUUUCGCUUAGAGAAGAGGGGUCUGGCCUAACAUCACACAACUCAGGCUGGCAAUCCUGUCCUUUCUCUAAGGUGCUGCUCUCACUCUAGCUCCUCUUGCUACACAUUGUGCUCAAGGAACAUUCAGCUUUGGGGGGCCGGGUGCGGUGGCUCACACCUGUCAUCCCAGCUCUUUGUAAGGAGGACUUGGUAGGAGGAUCACUUCAGGCCAAGAAUUCAAGACCAGCCUGGGCAACAUAGUGAGACCA